AUGGACUGCAUCUUCCUGUCCCUCUGGCGUCGCCGUGUCCUCGCGGGCGGCCAUCCGGGAGGGUGGGGUGGGUUGGAUCAGCGUGGUCGCUCCCUCCUUGUUCCCCAGCUUAUUUGGAUGAACGGUGAACUCGUGAAUCAAUCCAGUCGUCUUUGA